ACUGCAAUAUGAUAUUGUACUAUAAUUGUGAAGACCCUCUAGAAGUGUUUAUUGUGUUAUAAAUUAAAAAUCAAUCAAUUUUUGAUAAACGUCGAGAACUAUUGUCAUUGUGAAGUGAGGCUUUAAAAUUUAUAAACAAAAAAUUAAAAUGUAUCCUUCCGACUUGAUUUUAAUAGUGUUAGUGGCCUGUUUAAAAGUGCAAUCCUGUGGUGCGCGUCCCUACGACACCGAUGACAUGAACGCACAAUCUGAUAAUGGGCUCUUUAAAUAUAAGCUGCCAACGGAACUGAUCGACGACACUGUGGUAAUCAUAAACGGAACCCUAAACAAAAAUCAAAAAAUGUUCACUGCGAAGUUGCCAUCACAAACGAGUCAGGAUGCUGAUUGCAUGAUUGUCUAUGAUUUUCAAGAAUCACAAUUGAAAGUCAAGCCAGCUUCUUCACAAGACCAAGUGCCGUACAAUAUGGAUGAUGAAAAAAAGACAUUUAAUCUGCGUUUGAAAGCGCGGAACCAAAUAAUCGACUUUCAAUUUGAGGGCAAUGACGCCGGACCAAGCGAUAUCCUUGCAUGUAAAAUUAAAAACUUUCAAGACAUCAGUGGAAUUGUUAUAGAAGGCAUAGAAAAUGUUGACACUCUACUAUUUGAAUUCCCCAAAUGAAGAAAGUAGGGCUACAUUGCAGGGAAUCUCUCAAAUUAUUUCAACAUGCUUCGCGCCUGUGAAUAUCGUCUUACGGCGAUACUAUAGAAGUCUUGUUCAACUGGCGAGAGAAGAAAUAAAGUUGCAUUAUAAUUAUUAUAAGCGCACGACAGACAAGAGUACAGUGGAACUCAGCAGAUGAAGCAAUUACUACCUACUGUAGUUAGAUACUAUGAUAAGAUCUUGAUGUGAAUGAAUGAUUUGGUGAUAAUAAUGAUCGUUUUUGCACUUAAA